AUGCUUUUUAUGAAUGUCUUCAAGCUUAUCUCAGAUGUUCCCGGUUGGGAGCAUGUCAUAAUGAUGCAAAACUACGAUAUCAUGAUAAAGUCUAUAUAUGAGACAACCUCAAUAUUGCAAGCAUUAGAUGGAACAAAUGAUAUUGGUGGCACUGAAUGCGACCCAAAUCGAUGGGACCACACGGCAAAAUGGGAUGUACGGUCACUGAAGCUGUUUCGUGAUGAAGAAAAAACGACAUCGAUAAAGUUGAACACAACGCUAAGGAAGACGUGUGGUUUAGUACAGACUACCUUAUCACGUGCUACUGUCGGCUGGCUGGUUAAAACAGUUGAUCUUACCACAUUACUGGAUCAACUCAAUACCGAU